CUCGGUCAGGUGUUCGCCGCCCCCUGGUGUUCGGCAACCCGCCAGGCUGGCUGCAGGCAGAGCAACGCCACGGGAGGGCUGCUGGAGGGGGCGGUGGGAUCCCGGUGCACCAUGAGCCUCGGGCCCGGCCCCCUUUCCGGCCGAUAAAUGCUAAGCACGCUUCUCGCCAGUCCCCUCCCGGCCUCGGCUGCCAAGGCAGCAGCGGCCGGACUAGAAGACCGAGGACGGCGCAGGGCCACUUCUCCACCGACCCGCGCGGGGAAAGCAACUCCAGUCACCGCGCGUCUCCCGGGCUCCUAAGGAGUCGGGCCCCGGGCCGCCACCGCCAGCUCGGCCGCUGUCGCCGCCGCUGCCGCCAUCGCCUUGAUUCCCCCAUCCCCCGCCAUGGCCGAUGAGCUCUCUGCGGCCACGUCCUACACCGAAGAUGAUUUCUACUGCCCUGUCUGUCAGGAGGUGCUCAAAACGCCCGUGAGGACCGCGGCCUGUCAGCACGUUUUCUGUAGAAAAUGUUUCCUGACUGCAAUGAGAGAAAGCGGAAUACAUUGUCCCCUCUGUCGUGGAAAUGUGACUAGAAGAGAGAGAGCAUGUCCUGAACGGGCCUUAGACCUUGAAAAUAUCAUGAGGAAGUUUUCUGGUAGCUGCAGAUGCUGUGCAAAACAGAUUAAAUUCUAUCGCAUGAGACAUCAUUACAAAUCUUGUAAGAAGUAUCAAGAUGAAUAUGGUGUUUCCUCUGUCAUUCCAAACUUUCAGAUCUCUCAAGAUUCAGUAGGGAACAGUAAUAGGAGUGAAACAUCUACGUCUGAUAACACAGAAACUUAUCAAGAGAAUACAAGCUCUUCUGGGCAUCCUACCUUUAAGUGUCCCUUGUGUCAAGAAUCAAAUUUUACCAGGCAGCGUUUACUGGAUCACUGUAACAGUAAUCACUUAUUUCAGAUAGUUCCUGUGACGUGUCCUAUUUGUGUGUCUCUUCCUUGGGGAGAUCCUAGCCAGAUUACUAGAAAUUUCGUUAGUCAUCUAAAUCAGAGACAUCAGUUUGAUUAUGGAGAAUUUGUGAAUCUUCAGCUAGAUGAGGAAACCCAAUAUCAAACUGCUGUUGAGGAAUCUUUUCAAGUAAACAUCUGAAGGCUGUAGACAUCUCUGCAUCUUUGUGCCUGCAAGUGCCAUCUUUAAGGGGAAAACUACAUGAAGUCACCGUUUCAAUAACUUGAUGUGUGUAUUAAUAAAAGUAAUUCAGUCUUUUGAUUUAGUUUUUCAAUUAAAAAAUAAACGUGAACCAUCUAAACAGUGAAAGUUAGGACAUAUUCUUUAAAAAUAUUGAAAGGAUUAUAUUUCAUUAAUGGAAAAAAGGGAUUCCCUGUUGUACUUAACUUUUUUAUAUUAUACAUUGACUUUUUCCUUAUGUUGCUUUUGGAAUUUGGUGCAGUUCUCCCAUUGAUGUUCUUGUACACAGGUAACACCCAGUAGCACAUCCUGAAAGAUGUGAUUGAUAUAAACCUACCAAAUCUGAGCCAGUUAUCAGAGUUGCAGAAUGGAGACUUGAAGUGCUAAAUGAAACAAUCCAAAGGAAACUUUUUUAAUACAGAUUCUAGCUGAAGAAUUCAACUAUAAGAAAAUUGUAUUUAUAUAAUGUUUAGUAUUUUUGAAGACUAGUGAGAUUUCUUUAAUAAUUAUAACUCUUUAAAAAGUGAAAGUUCAUUGUAAAGAUAUUUCCUUUUUGCUCUAGAAGGAAAUAUUAAGAGAAAAAUUUCUUUGGUGGGCAGUUGGUCAUUUCAAAUCCUGUUUGGCUGACUAAUUUGUAAACCUAAAGUAUAUUAAGCUGAAGUACAGCUCUUUGGCCUCAGAGUUUUCAAUUGCCAGUAUUUCUCUUUAGCUAAGAUGAAACUUUCAUGAGAAACUUUCAGUUGGUGAUACCAUAUUCUACGUCUAUGAGGUUUGGCUUCAUCUCAGUUUAGAAAUUCAUUCAAAGCUAAAGAUGUAUAUGUAUAUAUGCAUACGCUUUUGUAUGUAUAUAUACACACAUAUGCAUGCAGUUUGUCAGGUUAUCUACAGAAUUUCUAUUAAGGUUUUUUAAAUAUACAAGCAAUAUGGGAUUGACGUAUUUAUCUGAUUUGAUUAAAAUUUUGUAUAUCACCCAACUUUUAAAAGGUAACAGUCAAAUGCUAAGUGGUCUAGUUGGCUACUAUUACACCUUAAAAUUGAAUUUACACACGUACAUAAUUACCUUGUUUAUAUGGUGCUCAUUUGUUAUUCUCAAAGAUAAUGCAUGACUAUGAAGUAAUGAGAUGGAUGCUACCAGCUAUUCUGUUUCACUACUUUUUAGUCAAAACUGGGUUUGUUCUUCAUAUUUAUUAAUGAGAAUCAUAAAAUAACUUGUACUAGAAGGCCUAAAUCACAGAAUGAAAGAUAAAGAGUGUUAUUAGUUGACAUUCCAUACUAACAUGCAUUGUUUAUGCUCUCUUUAAAAUAACUAAAAGAACAUAAAAGAAAAUCUCAGAAGUAGUUUGCUGCUAAUAUAUACAUAUAUUGUAUGAAAGGGUAUAUUUUGGUUUUGUUAAAACCCUUGUUGACUUUUCUACAGUGAACAUUUUUUUUAAACUUGAUUUAAUAAAAAUGUUAAUUUUGGAAGUGGAGUUUUGUAAAAACCUUUUUCAGUCAAACAGUAAUGACUAUGGGUAGUAAUAACAAUCACCAAAAAAAGCCAUACAUCUUAAUAACAUAUGCCUUUGUUCUGUCAUUCGAAAGAGUGAUGUUUACUAUGUGCUUGAACAUUUUCUCUGCAGUUACAAGAGUGUAAUUGGAAGAAUAGCUGUUUAAUGAACUCUUUUAAAAAGAUUUUUGACCAUAGGUUUUUCCAGUUUAAAGCAAUAACUUUAGUACUUUCUUUCAAAGUUAAUACUUCCAGUAUAUCAAGUUAAACCGUUCUGAGAUUUGAGAACUUCUUUAAAGGAAAAUUGUAAUAGAGAUCACCUUGAUGAAAUUGUGUUUUGAAGUUUGUGGAUUAGUUAAAAUAUCAAUAAUAGUCUUGUGUGUCUUUCCUAUAAGCAUUUUCAGAAGGAAAAUAUUGACUGCUAUUAUCUGGGAACUCCUCAGUAUGGAAAUGUUUGUUUGAAAUCUCACCUUUUGUCAGUGGAUUAGAAAUAGGGACAGGCUUUACAGAUUUACAGCUAAAAUUCAAGGAGGGAAACUCUAUUGAUACUCUGAUACCUUAAAUUUCACAAUACCACUUAUAUUUCCCUCAGCAAAUUACAGUUUAUGUUGUUAAACAGAGUCUUAUUUGAGAUGUAUUACUUUAUUUUUCAAUUAAAAGUGGUUUUCUCCUA